UUGGCUGCCAUGGCCCUCUCCCCCCUGGCGGCGCUCUCCCUGCCGCUGGCCACCUCCCCAGACUGGCAGGCCGGCGCCGCGUCAUUCGCGGACUGCGUGAGGGCGUCGCUGACGUCGGACGGUGCCGGGAAGUGGUGGCGCGGCUUGGAUGAGAGGAUGACGUUCAUGGAGUGGACGUGGGACGCGUUUGGCGUCGACCUGUCAUACGUAUGGGACCCCGACCUGUGGAUGAAGCUGAAGACGGCAGUCAG